AUGCAAGAGUUAGUCGAGCCAUCAGUGCAGGCAAAUUUGUUUGUAAAAGCUUCCCAACAUAUUUUUAAACGCUUUGGUAUUUCUGGUGUAGCAUUUGACGAGGUACCCAUGGCUGUUGAUUCGCAUACCAGUUCCCAUCCAUUAGAGUCUGCUUGCUUACAAGGCCCUUUGGAUAGCUUCCAAAAAUCGAGAUCGUCGCAGCAAUCUUCUGGUAUUCCCUCAUUGUUUUCAUUGCAUAAUCAGCAUGUUUACCAUCCGUCUACUAGCACCUGUGAUCAUACUUUGCUUACUUCUACAAACACUACUACGGCGUCAUCCAAUAGUUCCACACCGGUCUCCGGUUCUUUGAAUCGAAGUGAAUCGGAUUCCAGCGCACAGGUUGCGAUCUUGCCAACGCAGGAGGCUGCGGUACUUCAAACCUUACCUCAGGAAGCGAAAUCGGCGGGGAUCGCACAACCAGCUUUUUUUAACGGGACGGAGGAAGAACAACCCCCUCAGCUUCAGUCCAAAGCGGUCCUGUCGGCGGAUGUGAUGGAGAACUACAGUCACCGGGUUGCCCCCCCUGCGAGGCGAAAAGCCACUACCAUCGAGUACGUUUCCCCUCGAUGUUCCCCCGGGGACGAGGAAGGGGCGGUCGGGGAGGCCCCGGCGGGUGUCCCGCUCGGGAUCCCCGGGAGCACCACCAGCACCCCAAUCCAUGAGCCGCCAAGCAAGCACCUUCACCGCGACCCAUGCGCCCACGCCGACGGGAAGGCGGUUGAGGAAGAGGAGGAGGCCCAGGCCGAGGCGGGCGCCGACUCCAUCUCGGCAGGGGAGGGGCCGAAGCCGGUCUCCCCGACGCGACGCUCGCGACCGGCACUGCGUCACCUCGUGGGCCACCGCGCGCGUUUCGUCCCACGCGCCCCCCCGCUGUCCCACGGCAUGUCCCAGCCCACUGCGGAGGCUACGACUGAGACUACAGAGGAGACGACGGCCAGAAGGGAGACGCUGCGAAGCCACGCGACACCACCGCGGCGGGUCAGCAAGGACCCCUGUGUGUCCCAGCCCUCGGUCGGGGCGCCGACGCACAGCGGCCCAGUCGGCAUAGGGGGGGGCCCUGCCCCACUCUGCUCCUCCCCUGCGGUGGGGCCGCAGUUGCGGGAGGUGCCCUUCGCCCGGAUCGGGAUCACCCGCUUCGUGUCCUACAUGUGCCGACUCAACCAGGGCGGCCCGAUCCCCUCGAGCGACUUCCACUCACAUUGCAUGCCACCGAUGUCGGUGGAGUCGUAUGUGGACCGCAUUGUGCGGUACUGCGGAUGCUCCGCGGAGGCCCUGCUGUGUGGGCUGAUGCUGCUCCUGAAGUACAGCUUUCACAGCGGCCACCUGAUUACGGUCUACAACGCCCACCGUUUGCUUAUCACCGGUAUCGUGUUGGGAAUCAAGAUGCGAGAUGACACCUACUUUAACAAUGCGCACUACGGUAAGAUUGGUGGGAUCCGGGCUAGUGAGAUGUGUAAGUUGGAGGUACUUUUCCUUGAAAAAAUGAGCUGGGAAAUGCACAUUUCGGAGGUUGAAUAUGCCGUGAUGUGCGAGCUUCUAGGUGAACUGAUAAGGGAUCCAACCCAAGAGGAGCUUGCCGCUUUUAAGGCUGCCUAUCCAGACGAGGUUGAAGCUUACGACUUGCAAAAAGACGAAGUUGAUCUCCCGACGCAUGGCUCAGAGCCUCCGGAAAGGUCUUCCGAGGAACCGACAACGCAGGAGGAUACAGAAGCUAUCACCCAGGCUCGUGUUUUAGGUGCCUACCGGCGCCAUCAUUGGAAGGUGCGCAUCGAACCUUGGUUAACUGAGCUCUGCGAUAACACCUUUCGAAAGAAGCAAGAACAAGCGGCUCUCGAGCAGAGGGACUGGGACGCGGAGGAAGAGAGGUGGAGGCGAUACCGAGAGGAGGAUCUCAUGAAGGUUUCGCAGCGCAGCGGGAGAGAAAAUUCGUGCUGGUUGUCACCCAUCGCCCUCGAUGCCAGGGAUGAGCGGACCUCCUCUACGGGCUUAGUGGCUGCGAGCGAAGCCCAAUCUACCACGGUCGACUUCCGUCACCACCGCACUGCCGCCACGGGUGCCUCGUCGGGGAUGUUCGGCAUUGUCGACCGCGUGCAGGAGCUGGAGACGGCGCCAGGAGCGACCUCGACGGUGAACCUCCUGCACUCCUCCAAGCAGACCACAACCCCCGGGAGCGGCAUCAACGUCAACGCUCAGCCCUAUUAUUACGUCAGCAGCCGCCAGAAGCUCCAGCAGAAGGUGCCGGCAGCCAGCGGCACCACAGCGGAUCCGCCUUCAUCGAUGGCAGCAGCUAAUUCGAACGACGGAAGCAGCAAUAUCCCGCACAUGCGCUGCUCGAACUGGCGUAACCCCACGCAGAAUGAGGGGACUUUCCCAUUUCAGCGAAAGCAGGCCCUCUCUUUUGGUGUUGUGGCACCACAAUCGAGGUAUGGUGAUCAGUACGGAGGAAACAAGCCCGCCAAUUAUCCUGAAGGAAAUGGUAGUAGUCAUAUGAGCUGCUCCAAUUUUGUGGCUUGUCAGAAGAGCGAUCCGUAUUGCCAUCCCGAGGACGCACCAUCGAUAUCACCGUAUUCAAUAUAUUCGCACCGCGGCGCCGAUCAAGGGAUGGAAUCUCAACAUUAUCAGGAACAUGCAUCACACCCGGGUGCAUUUUUUCCUAGUGCACCGCUAAGAGGUUUUCCCAAUCACGGCGGCCGAAGCAACAGUAAUGUCAUCUACAGUAUGGGUGCAAACCAAAAGCACGCGCAGGGGAAUGUUGGGAGUGUUGGAAAAAAGAGAUCAAAACCUGAUGCGUACGUCGACAGACUGUAUAGAGAUUAG